CACGUAGUGGAAUGUUUCAGGAAGUUGGAUCAUGGACGGUCUAAACGCUGGUAUUGCACCCCCAGUUUGAAACAUCCUUGAGCGGGAUUUUAAUGAGAAGUGGCUGACAGCGGGCAGUGCACGUUUCUGUCCACUGAGAUGCGUUUCCAUCUUAUCACCGCAGCUUUUCUCUGGGUUGCGUUCGUGGAGUCGCGGAAAAUCCGAGGAAUUUCAUCGUCCUAUAAAAGGUUCUACAGGGAGAGGAAGUCAUUUUUGUGCAUAGACGGAUCCAAAAUGAUUCCCUUCGACCAGGUGAACGACGACUACUGCGACUGCGCUGACGGGUCUGACGAACCAGGCACCUCGGCAUGUCCUCGUGGUCGAUUCUACUGCACCAACCUGGGCUUUAGGCCGCACUACAUCCCAUCAUCAAGAGUCAAUGACGGCAUCUGCGAUUGCUGCGACGCUUCAGAUGAAUACAACAGCCACGCUCGCUGCCAGAACACCUGCUGGAAUCUGGGACAGAAAGAGCGGGCGUAUGUGGAGGGUCAAAUGAAGACCUUGGAUGAGGGUUUGAGACUCAAGCAGCAGCUGAUUGAGGAGGGGGUGCUGCUCUGGAGGGAGAAACAGGCACAGCUCCGAGAGCUUCAGCGGGCUGCUGAAGAUCUGCAGAUCAGAUUAGAGGAGCACAGGAGGAGGAAACAUGAGGCUGACUGGCUAAAAGAGAAAACGGUAAAGGCUCUGAAAGCAGGGGAUAAAGGUUCAAGACUUCAGAACAACAUCGUAUCACAACUUUUCCAACUACUGGACAGCAAUAAAGAUGGCAGUAUAUCAGUGGAUGAGAUCAAGGCUCAAGUGGUGCUUGUCCAUGAUGAGAAGCGGGUUCUCUCUGAGGAUGAAGCACUGACUUUGCUGGGUGGAGGCCAUCAAAUGGAUCUGACCAAGUUUCAAAACACACUCUGGGACGUCCUGAUUAGAGGCGAUGGCUACAAGAUCAAAGACGCCCACAGUGCCCCAGGUGGUCUCAUGAGUGAAGAUCCUCACUUAAAGGCAGCUGACAGUGCUGCAGAGUGGGAGGCUACCGACUUGAAGAAGGUGGAGGAAGCCUACGAGACACUCAACAUGGAAAUAAGUGAUCUAAAGAAGAAGCUGGAAAUAGACUAUGGGACAGAUUGGGAAUAUUUGUUUCUGAAUGGCCAGUGCUACCAGCUGAAAGUGUACGAGUACAUGUAUAUCCUGUGCCCAUUCAAUAUGGUUUCACAAAAGAACACAGCAGGAACAGAGGUCUCAUUAGGGAAGUGGGGGAUGUGGGCAGGACCACCAAAGAACCACUACAGUCAGAUGGUGUAUGAAAAUGGAGAACCAUGCUGGCAAGGAGGUUCUCGCACUACUACUGUCACUCUGACGUGCGGAACGGAGACAGCCCUGCGAUUGGUGAAGGAGCCCAGUAAAUGCCAGUACAUCAUGGACUUUGAGACUCCUGUGGCCUGUCAGCCGGUGCUGAAGCAGAGGGGUGUGCACAGUGAACUGUGACCUCCCCUUCCCUUUGCCGCCUUACCAUGGAAUAACUUGGACCCCUGCCCUCGUUGGUUUGCCCAUAGUGACAGGCCGGGGUCCUGAGGGUCCCCUCUGACAUCUGUGUUGUCAGUACAUAUAUACUUCUAAGCAAGUUUGACUGAGGUCAGGAAGUAUUUUCCUGUAAUGAUGUUCCAUGAACACUUUCUGUAGUUUCCAUAGACUGUUACUUUGCUACUUUAUUUCCAUUCUGUGUUUUCAUAAAGCUUUAACUGACAAAUUUAUAGAAGGGAAACAUUUGUGAAAUUGCUUGGUUUCCAUUAUUAAGUACAUCAAUAUUACAAUGUAAAUAAAUGAUUUCAUAAAGUGAGCCUAGUGAGGUUACUAGAUAAGAGAAACAGAGAAUAUUGUUUCAACAGCUCCUUUACCUGGCGGCUUUAUCGCUCUUCUUGACUGUAGGCUCCACUUUAAUAUAGCCUCAUUUAGCAAGUAAAAUCUUCAAAAAUCAUAUAUAACAACAAAUUAUAGUUAUAUUUAAAAACCACCAAAACCAAAAAAAUCAUUAUCAUCACACAGAUUUGUCAUGUCAAAGUUUGCUUUUUUCCCCAAGACUGAAUUUUUCUAGGAUUUUCAGUCCUUUUUAGUAAAUUUCAAAGUAUUAAUACAAAACUUCACUUGGAACGGGCGGAUGGAUGGAUCGUAAAGAUUACAUGUUGGAACAGGAUGCAAAUAGUUUCUCUUAUUCCAACUUUGGUUUGUGUAAUUCUGUUUUGAAAACCUCAUUUUGGGCAUUUUGACUUUGCCAUCUCGGCGUUAUUUUAGAGGCCAAUAAGAACUUACCAAGGAUUAAGUUUUGCUGGCAACCUCAGACCUCCUGCAUGUCCAGUUAGCUUUGGUCUCAGUGGUCAUAAAUCACGCAGAGCAGUAAUGCCCUUAAAGUUCACACGAAACACAGAAACUUACCUGUUAAAAAGAAAACAUCCAGUUCUCUGAUUAGCUGCACUAUGCUAAUUAGACUCCACACAUUCACUUAAUCUCUUAAAAUUCUAAAUUAAAGAAACUUUUUAUUUGACAAUAAUUCAAUGUACUCUGCAGAUCUAAAAAAUCUUGCAACUGUAAAUAUGAGCUUCGGUGUCAGUUACAGAUUGAGAGUUUUAAUGGGAGCAAAUGGCCUGGAAGCUGAGAGCCACCAGCAAAUGUCAGAAAGUAUUCAAGGAUGCAGCGUGUUGCUGAACAGAAACACUAUUGAAUAUGUCCUUCAGUUGCAUCCUUUAAGUAUUGUAGUCUUUUGUAUUCCUUUUACACUUAACAGGUGACAUUUGUGUUAACUGUGUAUUAAAGAAAGUGAUUAAAUGACACAUAACUGCUG